AUGUUUAUUCUAAAACCACUUUGCGUUUUGACCCUUGUCGCUAGUUAUGUGCUUUACUUACUUACGAGCUGUAAUGACGAUAUUCGCCUGUCGAUGAAUUGGUGUUCAUAUGCGUUGCUCGCCUCCAUCAUCGUCUGCGCAUUCCGCGAUCACGGCGUGUACACUUCGUGUUUUGUUGGCGUGUCCAAGUGCCUGAAUCGUAUCGCAACCUCGAUUCAGUCAGUCUUCACUCAAUGGCGUGGCUUGGGUUCAUCGUCAGCUGUGGCAAACAAUGAAGCACCCUCAUACUGUGCCAAGAUCAUUGUCGGUCGAGAAUCACUCAAUAGAGCCUCGAGGAAGUGA